GAAACACACACACACAUCAGGGCUUUACUGGCAUACCGACUACUUUAUGAUCGAUUAAAUAAGAAGCAAAAUUAAACAAGUGCUGAAUCCCUAAAUGUUUGUAUUUGUGUGGAGUGACCUUAAUGGUAACAGGAAAUGAGUGCUUUAUUAAUUCAAGACAAGUGCACUUGUUUGGCCACACAGUGUAAGUCUGUGAGAGAGUUUAAGUCUUUUUCUUUCUGUUUUGCCUACAGUUGAUCUUUAACACAUUUAUACAGUAAGUUGUGUCACAGUAUCAUAAUCAGGGUGAUCAACAUUGGCAUUUUUGGUCAAAUUCCAAAGUGAAAAUUAUCCAUACAUUUUUUCAGUACAGGAUAUCCAAAAAAAAAAAAAAAAGGCCAGGAAGUGCUUUAAUCGCUUGGGAAAGCUCUUUAGGAAAAAAACUGCAUUUCGGGGCGUUUAUAUGAUAACAAAAACAAAACACGCAAAGCAGAAGGAGGGAACUUGUGCUGCUGUUCUGUUACUCCGGCAAUAACACACUCUCUCUCUCUCACACACACACACACACACACACACACCACCAGUGUCUGGAGCGCUCAGCGAUCAGACGGGUAUUGAGUUUUAUCCUCGGUGUGGAGUUUAUUUUCUCUCUCUCGGUGAAAGCGCGUAAUUUGGACAUCAUGGUACGGUACUUUAUUCUAGCUUCUCUUCUGCCGUUAGUCGCUACAGCAGCCCUGAUGCCCAACAGCCACAGCCGUAACAAAAGCAGCCCGCGGACGUUUUCCGGUUUUUUCCUAACGGUCACUGACGAGCCGAUUGACUGGGCCGAACUGGACGUGCAGGAGGGCAGCGGCUCGGGCUUCAGUCAGGAACGCGACAGGGAACAGCGCCACCAUGCGGGUAAACGCGUCUAUCACAUCUCCAAAGAGGCCUCCGAGUUCCUCACGAGCCCCCUGGUGACCGUCUUCAUCCCGAGCGUCUACACGCUCAUCGUCAUCAUCAGCGUCCCGCUCAACGUGCUCGCCCUGGUCCUGUUUCUCCGCCGCGUGCACCCGAAGAAGCCGGCUGCGAUCUACAUGCUGAACCUGGCCUGCGCUGACCUGCUCUUCGUGCUGCUCCUGCCCUUCCGCAUCUCCUACCAUUACAACGGGAACCACUGGGUCUACGGCUCCGCCAUGUGCCGCGCGGUCACCGCCGCGUUCUACUGCAACAUGUACUGCUCGGUGCUGCUGAUCACGUGCAUCGCCGUGGACCGCUUCCUGGCCGUGGUCUACCCGAUCGACUCGCUCACGUGGCGCUGCCCCAAAACCGCCUGGGCCGCGUGCGCCGCCAUGUGGCUCCUUUCCCUCGGCGGGGUCACGCCGCUGCUCGUGUCCGAGCACACCGUGCGCGUGCACGGCCUGGACAUCACGACGUGCCACGACGUCCUGGACGUCGAGCACCUCCGCGGCUACUACCUGUACUUCUUCCCCAUAUUCACCUCGCUGUUCUUCUUCCUCCCGUUCGUCUUCACCGCGGCGUGCUACGCUCGCAUCAUUCAAACGCUGUGCGCGCUCGGCGGGGAAAACCGAGCACGGAAAUCGCGCGCCGUUGCCAUGGCAGCCACGGUGUUCGUUCUGUUCGCCGCGUGCUUCGCGCCCACCAACAUCAUCCUGCUCACGCACUACGUGCGCUUCGCGCGCGCGCACGACGACGCCUCGUACGCCGCUUACCUGGUGGCCACGUGCGUGGGGAGCCUGAGCUGCUGCCUGGACCCGCUGGUUUAUUACUUCGGCUCGUCGCGCUGUCAGAAGCAGGUGCUGGCCUUCUUCAAGUGCCGCACUGAGCUGCAGCGCUCCCAGGCCAGCAGCACCAGUAGCACCAGAUCCAGCAAGCUCGAGACUUUCAAAAGCAACUUAAGCAGCCAGUACAGUAAGCUAAUUGCGUGAGCUAAACGCACCAGACUCCACAGGAAAAGUACUUGAUAAGGAUUGGGAUUGAUUGCACCAAGUGCCUUAUACUCGCCAUAAUGACAAUGCUUGAAAAAAAGAAGCUCAUCUGCAUUUGUUUUAGUUGCAACGUAUAACUGGCCAAGAAAUUCUGUAUGUGAAACUGUUUACAUCCCCUCCAGAAACAGUAAAAAGCUCACUGUUGCCUGCACAGCAAAUUGCAAUUGCAAAGAAAACACUGACAAGCUUUCACCUUCCUCCCUUAAGCGUUGUCAUAAUGAAAAGGAAAUAUUUGAGGAAAUGGAGUAUCAAUUCAGGGUUUCAUAAAAGACAUUUCAAAUGACAACUCCACUAUUGCAAUUGUAUUCUGUAAACAAAUUGUAUUGUUACAGGAAAUGUGCAAGAAAAAAUGUAAUCAAUAAUUGAAGCUGCAACAAUAUACACAGUAUUUUUAAAAGAAUUUGGCCACUGUAAAACAGGAAACAUAAGCAUUUGAACAACAUUCCUUUAGAUGGAAUCUUAGUGGUCAAUACCAAAAAAACAAACAUUGCCUUUGUAGACAGCUGGCUAACAGAAAUGUUUCCUAAAAAAGCAGCAAUCCACCCCCAC